AUGAAACCCUCGCACAGCCACCUUUCCGCUGCCUCUGGCGUCUGGGCCCUGAUGAAGCUGCUGCUGCCGCUAUUGAUGGCGCAACUCUGGGCCGCGGAUGCGCUCCCAGUAAAUGACACAGGCUUGGAACUUGCGGCCUUUGGCGCCCCCUGCACGCGCGGCUCGCAGCCCUGGCAGGUCUCCCUCUUCAAGGGCCUCAAAUUCCACUGCGCAGGCGUCCUAGUGGACGAGAGCUGGGUGCUCACUGCAGCACACUGCUGGAACGACAAGUCCCUGUGGGCUCGAGUUGGGGACGACCACCUGCUUCUUCUCCAGGGGGAGCAGCUCCGCCUGGCUAGCCACCCCGUUGUCCACCCCAAGUACCUCCAGGGCUCAGGCCCCCUCCUGCCAAGGCGGACAGAUGAGCAUGACCUCAUGCUGCUGAAGCUAGGCAGGCCCGUUGUGCAGGGGCCCCGCGUCCAGGUCCUGCAGCUGCCCGACCGCUGUGCCCAGCCUGGAGACCAGUGCCAGAUCGCUGGCUGGGGCACCACAUCCUCCCGGAGAGUGAAGUACAACAAAGGCCUGAGCUGCUCCAGGGUCACUCUCCUGACCCCUAAAGCAUGCGAAGUCUUCUACCCUGGAGUGAUCACCAGCAACAUGAUUUGUGCUGGACUGGACCAGGGCCAGGACCCUUGCCAGAGCGACUCGGGCGGCCCCUUGGUGUGUGACCAGACCCUACAGGGCAUCCUCUCCUGGGGCGUUUACCCCUGCGGCUCUGCCCAGCAUCCGGCUGUUUACACCCAGAUCUGCAAAUAUGUCCCCUGGAUCAAGAAAACCAUACGCUCCAAAUGAUCCAGCCUCCAAGACCCCUUCACCACCUGUACUCCUCCUCGGCCCUUCCUCCCCAGCUGGCCAGACCCUCCGUACCCUGCCUGCCCAUCUGUUCUCUUCCCUCAUUCCCCUGACACUCCUGUCCUCUGCUCACUCUGGAGCCAAAGAAGAGAAAGUUGUGGCAAAGCUUUGUUCAGGAAAAGUGAGGAACCCGAAAGUCACCUAAUCUCUGAGCAAAGUUAUCAGAGUCAGCCGACCUGGCUUCCUCUACCAUUCACUGCUGGGUGACCUGGGGCAAGCCAUGUACCCUCUCUGAGCCUUGGUUUCCUCACCUGAAAAACAGGGACAAUGAAGUGCCUACCUCUUAAAUGCACCAUCAGGCACAGGUGACGGAACGUGCCUGAUCUGGUAAUUGUCAUGUAAGCCUGAUCAAUGAGUGUGCGCGCUGACUAAACGGUACCUGUUGUCAUGACCACAUCGUGGUAAUAGUGUCUCUGUCCAAGGCAGAAGAGAGUCCAGCAUAGCCCUCACUCCAAACCCCAGCCCCACCCUGGGCUGAUGGGAGAACCAUUCCCUGCUCUCCAUCUGAGCUUCAGGGAGCACGUGCACCUGCUUCCUCCUUCCCACCCACUACUUCCCACUUCUGGGUCCACCCAACACCAGCUCCUCUGUCCCAGCAGCCGUGAGGCUGCCCUUGACUCAUCUGCUUGCUCUCUGCCUUCAUGGGGUCACUGAACUCAAGGGAACUCACCCUGCAUCCUUCCGGGCCCCCAGGACCAGAGGGCCAAGCCUCGCUUCCUACCUUGGUGCCCAGAGCCUCUGAGGUUUAGGGAGAAUCUUUGGUUUGUUAUUAACUGGCUUUGAGAUGUUUGUCCUGGAAGCUUGGAAGGAGGGAUUGUUUCCUUCUCCCUGAAAUUGUCUCUGUAAAUAUUUCUGUCCUGGGGGGAGGGGGGCUUACACACAGAAUCCAGGCAAAAUAAAACA